CGAGGUCCUUCACACCAGAAGAUGGCACUAUUAGCUGUGGAUGUUAGCGGCUACGUUCAUCUUUUUUUUUUCUGUUUCACGUUGACUGUAAACAGUAGCCGAGUUUGUUUUAGCACGUUUUUCUAUUCUUAAUUAUAUAAGCUAAUUUAUUGAAUUGUUAAACCCGAGGUUUUUUAAUAUGUCACAGGCAAAACGUUAUCGUUGGAACUCAUGGAACUAGCUAGCGUUAAGCUAAUGCUAUUGGACGUUAGGUAGCAACAGACAGCUGUCUACUUACCUUAUUACUUUGCAGUAGGUCGGGACAGGUAAGAGACUAAACAUACAAGGAGAACUGAAUUUAGUGAACACCAUGAUUAAGUGUUUGCCCAAAGAGGUUCAGGGGAAACUUCGCUCCGGUGUCGCCAUCCCGUCCCUUCAACAGUGCGUAGAGGAGCUCGUCCUGAACAGCAUCGAUGCCGGGGCGACCUGUGUGGGUGUCAGGGUGGACAUGGAGGCGUUCAAGGUUCAGGUGAUCGACAACGGCGCUGGGAUGGGCGCCGAGGACGUGGACUGUGUGGGAAACCGAUACUACACGAGCAAAUGUAACUCGAUUGAAGACCUGGACAACCUCCGGUGGUAUGGUUUUCGAGGAGAAGCCUUGGCGAGUAUAGUUUCUUUAGCCACACUUGUUGAAAUCUCAUCCCGGACAACAUCGUCGGUGAAAACACACGUGAAAGUUUUCAAGAACGGCAAAGGCUUGGAUGUCUUCGAGGCAGAGACGACUCGACCCUCUGCAGGGACAACUGUUGUCAUUUGUAACUUCUUCCACAACAUGCCAGUCCGGAGGAAGAGGAUGGAUGCUGUCCUGGAGGGUGAGAGGAUCAGACAAAGACUGGAGGCUAUUUCUCUGAUGCAUCCCUCUGUGUCUUUCACCCUGAAAAAUGACUGCACGGAAGCCAUGAUGGUGCAGCUUCCCAAAGCCAAAAGCACUUACCACAGGUUUGUUCAGAUACACAGCCUUGGGCGAGCACAGAAAUUGGGGGAAAUUGGCCACACAUGUGGACAGUUUGAAGUGACUGGUUACAUUGGCAGAGAGGGCCAUUACAACAACUGCUUACAGUUCCUGUAUGUAAAUGACAGACUGCUGCUGAAAACACGGAUACACAAGCUGUUGAAUUUCCUCCUACGCAGACUGAGCAGCUCAAAUCAGAAGAAUGACAGUCCAGAUGGGCAAUUUGUCAGCAGGAGUCCAAAGCACAAGCGAAGCCGAGAGCAGCAUGGAGUGUACAUCAUCAAUAUCAAAUGCUCUUACUCAGAGUAUGACAUUUGCCUUGAGCCUGCCAAAACUCUAAUAGAGUUCAAAGAUUGGGAUGGCAUUUUGCUCUGCAUAGAAGAGGCAGUGAAAGCUUUCCUGAGCAGGGAGAACUUGGUGGCUGUGCUUUCUCAAGAUGACAUGGACUAUGCAUCUCCUGAACUGUUUGGCACUGACAAUACGGACCAAGAGGGAUACAACAGUGGCGAAGGUGGCCAGGCAAAUAGCAGUGCUUCCAAACUAGAUUGCAGUAUUGGAAUGAAGCUGGCGUCUGAAUCCGUUCACCGUAAGCACAAAAAUAACUGUGUUUCUGAGGACACUGUUUGCCAGGAGUCCCGUCUGAUGGAAUGUAAAGAAGAUGAAGCUGAAAAGAUACCUGCAAAUGACUUGGAAAAGAUACAAAGUGAAGGAUGUGUAUACAAAGAAUGUACAGAUGAGCCAAAGAGUGAUUUGGCUCAACUGGAACCUACAUCUGAUAAUGAAAUUACUGAAGAAGAGGAGUCAACGUUCAGUAAAGCGGGGGAAGGCUCUCAUAUUUCAGUCAGACAACUAGAGAGUGAAAAACCGCAACUUUCAAAAGAGAGCGUGAUGGGACUAAACAAUACUACCUCAACCAGCAAUGUGAGUAUAACAGACAGCAUCACUCAACAAAUUCAGCCUGAUUUAAACAGUAUUAAGCAAUUAUUACCUGACUGUCAUGAUGCAGGAGGACCGAGACAGACUUUAAUAAGUAACAGAAAGAUCAGUCUGUCUGAUCCAUUCAUUCAUCGAAGUCUGGAGACUCAGGACCUAUCCCAAAUCAACAAGUCACGCUCAAGAAUUUCACUGGAUGCAGGCCAUGACAGAUCUUGUCAGAAAAGAUGUAAAGACUUUGCUCCUAUCAUUCCCUCAAAGAUUCCCAGAAUUGUAUCCUGUCAAAGGUUGUCUUUAUGUAAGGAGUCUGGAUCUCUUGACAAGUUUAGAAGAGUAUUUGGCAAACCUAAUGAAAUGAAAUUACCCUCUCUGGAGACUUGUUUACGGAACAAUGCUAGGCCUCCUCAGACAAACAGCCUCAUGUUGAAUCCCCAGAGUUUGUUCGUUUGCCAGAAAGAUCUGCAAGAUGGUGAUGUUGCACAGAUGCAAAAAAAGGAGACACAGAACACUCUCCGAAGCCCACCAGCCGUCUCAGUUUUCACCAAGCUAAAACCAGUCACAGCGCAGAAUAAAGGCAAAAAAUCUUUGGCAGCUAAACUCUGCCAUUUGAAACAACACAGGUCUGAGGGUUCAAAAGUGUUACCACACUUUCCUGGGACUACCUCACCGGACAAUACCUGUCUCAGUAGUGGUAAUGAUAUCCAAGACAGCAACAACAAUGGCAGUCCCUAUGAAACUGCACUGAAUCCUGAGCCAGUCUCAGGGUGCAAUACAAACCCUCAAUUGGUUGAGAAGGAAGAGGAUACAACAUCAGGUGACUGGCUUCAUCACUACGAUACAUCUGUGGGAAAGACGGUUUACGUCAACAGAGUGACCGGGCUUAGCAAAUAUGAGGACCCAUCUACUGAAGAAACACAAGUGUGCUGUACAUCUGAUGUCACCAAUAUGGCAGUCGCUGUCAUCUCUGAAACGGGGAUGGAAUACAGGUGUUACCCAUUUCAGGUGGAUCUAGUGUUGCCCUUCCUGCCUAAAUCCAGGACAGAAAGAGUGAUUAGUUCAGGGCUUGAUGACAAAGAUGAUGUCGGUGAGAGCUCCAAUUCACUUUCCUCAUUGUACUCGAAAUGGAAUAAUCCUGUGUUUGUCCGACCUCCUAUGGUUGGUGUGGACAUAUCAAGUGAACAAGCUGAUGGACUGGCUGUAAAGAUCCAUAACAUCCUGUUUCCGUACCGCUUUUCUAAGGCCAUGAUUCACUCAAUGAAGGUUAUUCAUCAAGUGGACAAGAAGUUUCUCGCAUGUCUUAUCAAUACAAAAGAUGAAGAACAUGCAGCACACACUGAAACUGAAGGAAAUCUUUUGGUGCUGGUGGAUCAACAUGCUGCACAUGAGAGAGUUCGACUCGAAAAUCUAGUUGCAGAUUCCUAUGAGGAGGACCCAGAUGCAUCAGGGGAGAGACGUCUGUGUUCAUCAAGCAUUUUGCCACCUCUUGAGAUACGUGUAACAGAAGAGGAGCUAAGGCUGCUUAGGUCUUGCCAGGCGCACUUGCGGAAUUUAGGCCUGGAAGUGAAGUUCUCACAGGCAGCGGAUCCACAAGUAUUUGUGGGGAAGGUCCCCCUGUGCUUCAUGGAAAAGGAGAGUAAUGAGCUAAGGCGUGGGAGACCAUCUGUUAUCAAGCCUAUAGUUGAGGAGUAUCUUCGAGAGCAGAUUGAGUUACUCCGCUCAACUGGUAGAGUGAGAGGAACUUUUCCUCUCACUGUGCUGAAAGUGCUUGCUUCCCUAGCAUGCCAUGGUGCCAUCAAAUUCAACGACAGCCUGAGCAGAGAUGAAUGCCACAGCUUGGUAGCAUCCUUAUCUUCUUGCCAGCUGCCCUUCCAGUGUGCCCACGGCCGCCCUUCCAUUGCUCCCCUGGUAGACAUCCUCCAUCUGGACAAAGACCAGAAGGAAUUACAGAAACCCAACCUCCAAAAGCUGAGAAGAAUGCAUAAAGCUGGGGAACUAUGUGUUAAUAGAUAAGUGGGUGUGUAUUUUAUUUUAAAUGUGUAGUUUAUUGUCAACAAAAUGAAUCGUAACACAUAAAAAAAUCAACUUUUUAAAUGACUUAAAUAGACAUAUUUCCAUAAAAGCCCUGCAGUUGAAAUCAUUUGUUUUGGAGUAAAGCAACUGUAAAUACUUUUAGUUUAGUAUUUAUAUAAAUAACAUAUUGUCAUAAAUUAAAACAUAGGAAAUACUAAAGUAAAUUGAUAUUGAUGAAAUGUGAUGCAUCAUCAGAAAAGCAGCAAAAGGCACAUUGUAAUAACAAUAUAAGUGUCAUUCCGUCUCAAAUCAGACAAGGUUUUUUGCAGCACCAUCUCAGAUUUUGUUCAGAUCUUGUCUAUAUCAUGGAUGGGUCCCAAAGCCAAGGCCUGUAAAAAUAUUUUUGUUCAAAUCCUAUGUUUUCAGAUUUUUUUCAGCCCUUGAUAUUAUUUAUUAUUAUUAUUAAUAUUAUUAUUAUUAUUAUUAUUAUUUAUAGUCUCAAAAACACGUUAUCUGGGAAGCCAUGUAGGAACAAUACCUGAACAAUACCUGUCAAUAUCUUGACAGGUAUUGUUCCUAGCCUAACCACAGUUUGUAGGAUGGAAGACACAUAUUUUCUGGAUGCCAAAACCAUUAAAAGCCUGUACUGCAUGUGAUUUUAUUUCUUAGGGCCCUAGAUUCGUUAAAAAAAAAACAAAGUGCAAAAUCCCUCAAUGAGGGUUAUAUUGAGGGUACCACAAACCCACAUUUUUGCCCCAAUUUGGUAUCAAUCAUUAUUUUUCAUGCAAAUACAAUCUUUUAUUAAUUUUGUACCAAUAAUUGAGGUCUUUACCGCUAAUGAACAUGAAGAUAUUAAAAAUAAAACAAAGAGCAGUAGCAUUUUUGGUCAUUUUCAUGGGACCAAAAUGGUAUGGUAUUAGCUACGAGGAACAUAAAAAUGUACAUGGAAAUCUCUUGAUGUACGGUUAUUAAGGGUAAGAAGUGCCACGUGUCCUACCGUUUGUCCUUCAUACAAAAAUAGACACAGAUUUGAGAUAUUUUACCUAUGGCAGACAAACGUCCAUUUCAAGACUACAUAUUUUUAACCUCAAUAUCUUCAUGAUUAUUGAAUUCCUGUGUCAUAGGAAUUGUAAGAAAUAAAGGAAAAACAUGUUUUCAGUCUGUUCAUUGGAAUAGAGGGCAUUUGAGAUGGGAACUGUGUCUCCGGUAAGGUCCCGGAUAUUGAAAAUGAGUGAAAUAUUUUGAUUAAACCUCUGGUAUAAGGAGGACUAAGUGGUAUCCUGAAAGGGAAGUAUCCAUUGGGAGUACCUAAAUGUGGUUCCUCAUAAAAGGUUGGGUGUGUUUAUACAUGUAAUUUUACAGUGUGCAUGUUUGAAAGCUAUAUAUGGAAAUUGCACUGACACGCAUGUUGAAACAUGUCCACACAGUGAAAUCAUCAUUAUAUGCCCUGACAUGUGAUCAAGAAAGCACAGAGCAAUUCAGUCCUAUUGUUCAAAUUAUAUGGUUUAGGGAUAAUAGUUUUCAUCACAUGUAAGUACAUAAUUAUAUAGUACAUAAUUUGCUACAUUGCACAUAAUUUUCAAUUAAGUUAUUGAAGGGUUUUAUUGAGUAUCUUAUAAAUAUGGAAUAUAAAAUAUAACCACUCCAUUGAGUAUAGCAUCUAUCAGAGUUAAUGGCCUUUUCUAUAAUGAGUAAAGGAUAUACUGCAGCUUGCAUUAAUGACCUAUAGUAAAGUGAGCCUUUACUGCAGUCAAUAUUUCAGAGGCUGGGACACACAUAAGUAGGACAUUUUUUUUCCUAGAGGUAAAACAGUGCCUUUAACUGUGUGUACCGAUCUAUGAAGGGAACAUGGAAGGACACUGGCUCUUUGUACACUAAAAGACCAUAUAUUAAGCUAU